AUGUACAGCAACUUGGAACAAAUUCAAUCUGGUUCUUUCAGUACUGUCUAUAAAGCAUGGUGUUCAACAUUAAAUAAAUAUGUUGCAUUAAAAGUGAUACCUAAACAAAAAUACACAGAAACUGGUAUAAUGAAUGAAUUUAAAAUAAUGAAACUAUUAGGUACAAAACAUCCAAAUAUUUGUUCUAUGAUAGAUUAUUAUGAAGACGAUAAUAAUUAUAUUUUAGUAUUGGAAUAUUGUGAAUGUGGUGACCUUUAUGAUUUCUUAUCUAUAGUGAAACGUCAAGGUAGCGUCGGUCACCCUGCAUUAAUUCAAUUAGAUUUCAUUAAAAUUAUUCAUCAAAUCAUUUCUGCUUUAACUUAUGCUCAUGAUUUAGGUAUUGCUCAUAGAGAUAUUAAACCGGAAAAUAUUUUAUUAACAAAAGAAGGUAAUAUCAAAUUAGCUGAUUGGGGUCACGCUACUUUAAAUAAAGUCUCAAAAGAUUUUAAUAUUGGUACUGACAAUUAUAGAGCUCCUGAAACUUUUGGUUGUCAAAAUGGUUAUGAUACAAUCAAAUGUGAUGCAUGGGGUGUCGGUGUUACUUUAUUUUAUUUAAUGUUCGGUCAAUGUCCUUUUAGAAACGCUGAGAUUCCAUCUAAUGGUAUGGAACUCUAUGGUUUCGGCUCAUCAUCGUCCUCCUCUUCAUCCUCAUCUUCUUCAUCAUCAUCCUAUGGUCAUAAGAAAGCUGCUAAAUGUGUUAAUUUCCAACAAUAUUUGGUUGAUCCAUAUGGCUUCAUUUACAGAUAUUUCUUAGAACCAAUUGUUUGUGUUCAUCAAGGUCGUCCUUAUAAUUCUAAUGAAGGAAAACCAUCAUUAUAUGUAUGGCAAGAUAUGGUAAAUAUUUACCAAAUCUUCUAUGUUUGUCGUAUUAUUGUCGAUAACCUAGCUACUAUUGAUGCAGAUGAUAGAUCUAUGUCAAGUAGUUUAAUAUUAUUUGAUAAAGUUUGGAACUACAACAAUAACUUCAGUCAAGGUGCCGUUGAUCAUGAAAUUAAAGAUUUUAACGACGUUACUGAUAAUACAUCCCUUUCAAAUGGUAAUAACAAUACAGCUAACAUCAAGGGUAAUAUGACUAAUACUAAUAAUUUAGAAAGAAAACAAAUUAUCGGUAAGUCAUCAUAA